GAGCCGUCGGAGCCGCCGCCGCACUCGUCGCCGUGCCGGCCGCGGGCAGGAUCAGCACCGCGGACAGCGCCCCGCCAACCCACCUCCCCCGCGGCCUCCGCGCCCCCCGCGCCCCCACCAUGACGGCAGAAACCCACCUGCAGGGCGUGGAGAUCUCGGCCGCCCAGUUCUUCGAGAUCUGGCACCACUACGACUCCGACGGCAAUGGGUACAUGGACGGGAAGGAGCUACAGAACUUCAUCCAGGAGCUGCAGCAGGCGCGGAAGAAGGCUGGCUUGGAUUUAACACCUGAAAUGAAAGCUUUUGUGGACCAAUAUGGGAAGACUACUGAUGGAAAAAUAGGAAUAGUUGAGCUUGCACAGGUAUUACCGACGGAGGAGAAUUUCCUGUUGUUCUUCAGGUGCCAGCAGCUAAAGUCAAGUGAAGACUUCAUGCAGACAUGGAGAAAAUAUGACAGCGACCACAGUGGCUUCAUUGAUUCUGAGGAACUUAAGAGCUUCUUGAAAGAUUUAUUACAGAAAGCAAAUAAGCAGAUCGAAGACUCAAAGUUAACAGAAUACACAGAAAUAAUGCUCAGGAUGUUUGAUGCAAACAAUGAUGGCAAGUUGGAGCUUACUGAACUGGCCAGACUACUCCCUGUACAGGAAAAUUUUCUUAUUAAAUUUCAGGGUGUCAAAAUGUGUGCUAAAGAAUUCAAUAAAGCCUUUGAGAUGUAUGAUCAAGAUGGCAAUGGCUAUAUAGAUGAAAAUGAACUUGAUGCACUGCUGAAGGAUCUCUGUGAAAAGAACAAAAAGGAAUUAGACAUUAACAACCUUGCGACAUACAAGAAAAGCAUCAUGGCCUUGUCUGAUGGAGGAAAGCUCUACCGAGCAGAACUGGCUCUUAUUCUCUGUGCUGAGGAAAACUAGAACUCUUCUAUCAUGUCCACUUAACUAGUGAUGUACUCUAUCUACACAAUAACUGUGCACUAUAAGGGAGUAGGCUGUAUUUUUAAACUGCAUAUAGAAAAUUAGCCAGGAUGUGUGGCACAUUCCUUUCAGUUUGUUUCUAUACUGUUUGUAAUGUACAGUUUUUGUAACAAUAAGAUUGAUAAAGAGAAUGUCUAUGUUUGGGCCAGUCUGUAUAUUCAAAAGAAACUAAAAUAUGUCAGGGUUGGUUUUGGUUUUGGGGUUGGUUUUUUUUUUCUGCUUUCAUAAACACAGCUGGAAAAAAACUAAACCUGCUGACAUUGCUGUGGUCAUCAUAUCCUUUGACACUUGCAACAUUUCUCCUUGUUGAUCUACAUAACAAAAAGGUCUAUGGGUCUCUUUCCUAAUUACAACUAAAUGUUUUUUAAUGCAAAACAUCAACAGAUUGUUUAUAUUUGAAAUUGGAAAGAGAUGUUAGCAUGUCUGAUUUCCAAAAUUUACCAAGGCUCUAAGAACUAUUUUCAGUUGUCAAACCACCCACCUACAGGCCUGUGCUCUCUGAAGUUUUUCAGUUACUCUUCUUAUUACAAACUCAUAGCAUAUAGACAAUGCAUUUAUCUGGAAUAGGUCUCCAUGCAGUAGCUGACAAAAAUAUAGCAGUUUCAAUCUAGCUAUUUAACUUUACUGACUUUAAACAUAGGCACUUCAGAAAUAAAUGCCUUCAAUCUGUCUUGGAAUCCUGGCUAAAUGACAGGUAGUUUAGUUAAUACACAGAUUAACAUAUGAUAUUAUGAGUGUACCUUUCAUGACUAUUGCUGUGUCAGAGAAUAUGACAAUCCAUUUUCUAAACUAUUUUCACAUUUUGCAGGUUAUAAUUAUUCUAGUAAAUUGCUGUUUUUACAUCAUAUUCUGUGUAAUCUAUAAUUAAAUUUAAUAUCCUAAUAUUUUUGGUGUCUAGUUUGUCUAUCUCCUGAAUAUUUUUUUCUGUAUCAUGUAAAGAACAAAACAACUAUUAAAAUAAUGUGCCUCCUCGGACCUUCCACUGAAUUACUAGUCUACAAUAAUAGUAUUAAAAUUUAACUAAAAGAAGCAAAAGUACAGAUUUUAUACCAAUUUAGUAAUUUAUUUUACUUGGUGGGCUCUGCUUUUUAUUAUGGUGGAGGGUAUUUUCUAAAUGGAAAUUAUAAUAUGGAAACAGCCCUGUCUUCUUUCAUCUUUAUUUCUCUUUGGCUUGGCUCCCUUUUCAGUUUACAUCAUUUUCAGGCCAGACAACUCCAUGAAUGUCCAAGCUGUAGCUCCCAGUAUGUACUGGUGUAGGAAGGCAACUGGGCUGUGUAUUAAAGCCAAUAAACCUAUAUGGCCUCCAUGUACAACAUUCUUUUAGAAGCAAUGCCAGGUUAGCAGAAUAGCUACAUGCAACUUCUCAGAUGCAUCUCUGUGUCUUAUUUAACAAGCAGAAGCAAGUUCAUUGUAUUUGAAUAGCAUCUCAAAUGAUGAGGCUCAGAUCCUUUAAGAGUACAGCAACUGAAGCUCCACUGACAUGAGAUUCCUCAGGUGAACUCAGGCAACUAAAUACCAUUUCAGGAAUGGUCUAGUGGCCUUGGACUUUCUCCAGCCUGAGCCUUGGAAAGUUAAGGAGUACAUGGUGCAGGAUGAGGCUUUGCUGAAAAAAGCCACAAAAAAAUGUAAUAAGGUUAAGGUAGCUCAUUCUCACCACUUUACUUUCACUCCACGCACAGUGAUUUAACUUCUCACUGGCUUGUUCUUGUUUCUCUAUGCAAUGUGAAAUACAAUUGUAUAUGUUAAGUGAAAGAACAGUGACUCUGAGUAUCAGUACAAUAAAUUAUUUAUAUUGUUCAUACUCUGCACUUGAAACCCUGGAUUUUGCCUUAUUUUAACAUUCCAAAAGCGUAAAGGUAAAGGAAAA